AUGCAACUAGCACGACCUACAGUCCACCGGGUGCUCAAGCCAGCGGCCUACACUACGAGCCUCAUAGCUGAAGUUUUUCUCUACUGUUAUUACAAUGGAAUGGAAGCCUCAAGUGAAGACGAUGCAAAACGACAACAAUUGCUGAUGAGCGAGUCCGGCUGGACCUUAAAGAGGCUGUAUGACAAUGAUGUAUCUGAGCUAGCAGAUUAUGCAGCUGGAAUUGCACGAAGCAGUAUCACAGAUCGGACACGAGAUGGACAUGCCAGGCUUAUAUUGUGUUCCACAAGCAGUGAAACACCGAAUGAGGCCCAACCACUGUCACAUGCCAAACACCUUAUGACAUCUGUGCCUUCAUUACCCACAAAUGUGGUGAGAAAGACAAGGGAUACAAGGGCAAAAGGCGCUGUGACAAAAAUACUGGCAUCUGAUAGUACUCACACACUAGAGGAGAGAAGAUGGGGGGUUGUUCGCUAUACAGCCUAUCUUUUUGCAUGGCUGAUGCUCCUUCGGAUUGAGGAGGUAGUGACCCUUGAAUUCACAAGUGUCGAGAUCAUCCCAGGUGAACGAGCAUACAUAGAGAUUUGGCUGAAGACUCAAAAGUCAGCACAGACUGGUGUACUGCAUGUUUGGCGUCUUUGGGCAAAUGAUGCUGAUGCAAGGCUCUGCCCUGUGCAAGCCCUUGUCCACCUUGCAAGCCUAUAUGGAGCUCACAGCCCAUUGAAGGGUCCCCUCUUGCUGCGCAUUGGGAAGCUAGGAGAUGUCUUGCAUGAUCAGCCUGCACUAUAUGGUACACACUCAUUCCGACGAGGUGGCUGUCAGCACCACAUCCGUAACUAUGGCUUUGAUGUCGAGGCAUUGACCAUGUUUCAGUACUUCUACUCCCCCAAUGACAACCACAAGCACAUGGUGGAAUAUGACCAAAAUGAUAAAAAGAGGGUAAAGUUCUAA